UGUGGCGCCAAAAGUCCGUGAGGUGGGCUUUAACAACCGCAAAGCCACGAAGAGAUGUCAGCGUUCGUGUGACGACUUGCCCGAAGCAAACGCGUACCGAGCUUGGAUUAACGACGGAUUAGCCGCCGUCUCGCGUCGUGCCUCAGCUGUGCAGAUGUGUCUAGCCGUGCGGUGAAGCCAUCGCACAGGCGAAGCUCUCGUGAUGCGACCACCACGUUCCAGGAUUUGGUGCUACGCGAUGAGAAUCGUGUUCAUCCUGCCUUUGAUGAUUUCGUCGCAAAGCGGAGCUACAUCGCAUCAGGAUGUGCCAGUGAUUCAACCCUUAGUGUUCCCGUCCGACGUUGUGACUGGAGUGAACACUAGGCUCUUGUGCAACGUGCAAAAAGGAACACGGCCACUGACGUUCGCAUGGAUCAAAGACGGUGCCUCAGUCAGCGACGGUGUAUCGUCGCAGGAUGAUUUCUCGCUGCUCAGCAUAGACCCAGUGACGGCGGAAAGCGCCGGAAAUUACACCUGCGUCGUGAGCAACGCAGCGGGGACUGACCGAUACACGUCCACGUUGGAAGUGAAACAGCCGUCUCAGUGGAUUGAGGAACCCAGGGAUAUUUCUGCCGCCGAAGGCUCCGAAGUGCGGCUCAUGUGCGCCGCGACAGGGCGCCCCAAGCCCACCGUUACAUGGAGCCGGUGUGUCUCAGGAGGCAAACACAGCUUAGUCUGCGGUGACUCCGAGACACCGGUGCCCGUCAGGACCAGCAACGGCAGCGUCUCGUUCGUACGAGUAACCAAAAAGGAGGAAGGAAGGUACGCCUGUUUCGUGGACAACGGCGUCGGAAAGCCGCUUAGGAAAGUGAUCCGCGUGGCCGUCAACGUGCCGGCCAAGUUCACCGAGAAGCACAGCGUGGUGACCGCUCGGCGAGGCGAGAACGCGCGGCUCGUAUGCGACGCACAGGGAGACCAGCCGCUCACGGUCGCCUGGUCCAAGGGCGUGCAGAAGAUCGACCGCGGAGGAAACUCGCGGCUGGAAAUAUUCGAGACCAUGACAGACAGCGGCCUGCGCUCGGAGCUGUUCAUUUCCAGCACGGAGCGCAGCGACGGCGCAGUCUACACCUGCCGCGCCGAGAACGAGUUUGGCCACGACGAACGCACCAGCAAGUUGUUGGUCGUCGAGGUUCCCGGUCAGCCACAAGAUGUCAAGGUCUCCGAAACGUGGAGCCGCUCAGCGAGCGUCAGUUGGUCUCCGCCAUACAGCGGCAACAGCCCUGUCGCCAAAUACGUCAUACAAUACUGGAAGGACUCCGGCACAGCGCACAGGCUUCAAGAAGUGGCCGUGCCCGGAUCGCAGACAUCGGCUCUGGUGGGAGACCUGCAUCCCGGUUCCACCUAUCAUCUGAGCAUCCUUGCCGAAAACUCAGUCGGCGUCGGUCUGGCCUCGACACCUGUCAAGCUGCACACGGGCGAAGAAGAGCCAAGCGCAGCGCCAACCGACUUCCAUGUUGAAGCCAGGGGGCCAAGUACCGUGCGCGUUUCCUGGAAGCCUCCACCGCCCGACGAAUGGAAUGGCGACCUGCUGGGCUACUACAUCGGCUACAAGCCGACGUCGUCGGGCCAGCCUUACUCGUACCGCACCAGCGAGUUCCGGCCGAACGCCAGCCACGAGUUCUUCCUCACGGGCCUUCAACGGGGCACAGAGUACGCGGUCAUCGUGAAGGCCUACAACGCAGCCGGCUCCGGGGUCGCCUCGCACGAGCUGCACGUCAAGACACUGGACGGAGAUGUGCCACCGCCCCCGAAGGUGUUCGUCUCCGGCACGACGCAUUCGUCCAUCACUGUCACCUGGCACCAGCAGUUCGCCGGCGGAGUGAGAGGUUAUGUGCUGCACCAUCGGCCCGAAGAGAGCACCCAGGACUGGAAAGAGGUGAACCUCGACUCGCGCACGUCCUCGUACACCGUGUCGGGCCUCGAGUCCGGCGUCCUCUACCAGUUGUACGUCAGCGCCACCAACGAAUACGGCACGGGCGACCCCAGCGAGAUCAUCACCGUCAGGACGCACAAGGCCGGCGGUGUGAUGCAAUCCCCGAUCUUCGGAGACGCCAGCACCCCGCUCUACCUGAACCUGUUCAUCAUGAUCCCCGUGCUGGCCAGCUUGGUGACCAUCGUGCUCGUUGUCAUCGUGACGUGCGUAUGCCUCCAGCGAAUCAAACGCCGACCUCCGCAACCGCCUCUCCAGCCACCACCGGGCACCAUGGAGAGGCGCAGCAAGCAGUUCGCCGCCGGCCUCGACGGACACCCGCAGAUGACAUCGACGAGCGCCCGGCACGCCGAGAAGGCCCAGCAGGCGGCCGGCGAGUACACGGGCCUAUCGCAGCGCUACGUGGAGGUGCAGCCACCGCCGCUGCCCGCCGACCACCCGUGCGCGCUGUACCCGGCGCCCUGUGCUACGCUGCCCAUGACCGAGGAGCUCGAGGCCAAGAUGGCCAGGCACAACGUCAACCAGGAGAUGAAGACGUUCCUCGCACAGAACCGGGAGCUACCGACGCUUCCCAUGGGCGCCAAGGCCUCCAUGUCCAUCAAGAAGGACCACAUGUACGAGAGCGCCCAGUGAUGCCACGCCGCGUGAAUUACGCGCACGGAUUCCACCACGGAGGUGGACACGGGCAUCGGGCGUCCUCGGACUACCAUCGUCGUCGUCGUCGCACUUCGCUUCUCUCACGUUUCACCACAUCCGCAACAAAACGGAAACCACAGAGCACACAUCCGGACCCCGCUGUUUUCCCGAUCCUCGGCGUUCGCAAGUUUACUACGCUCAACCACGAGCGUGCCUGGCGUGUCACGAUGCAGUGCUCUUUACUGUCCUGUUAUGUGAGUUAAAUAUGCUAUAGAUAUCGCGCUUAGCGUACGCGCCAACAUGGAGAACUCGUGAGCUGCUGGCGCCUCGACAAACUAGUCACAGCAUUCUUAUGCUGGCCUGCCGAUGAGUUAGUUAGCAGCUUGCUCAUUCCUCAACGGUAACAUGUUGCCUCAACGAGUUAGUGACCUACGAUAUUUAGAGAACCCGUUGAGGCAGCAUAAAACCAUUUGUUGCAACAACAGCGCAACGCCAAUAUUUGUGUGCGAGAAAGAGAGGGAAUACAGGAAAGGCAGAAAGUUCACUAGACUAUGUCCAGUUUGCUACCCUACACAUGGCGAAUAUGUGUUUGAAUGCUACAACUAUGGAGCUGGCUUCCUGUGAAUGCAACGCGGUUCUCAGCAAUGCAUGAAGCUCACGCGGCGCUUGUAAGACGUUCCACGGUGUCAAUCACCGGUGUUUUGCUUCGUUCACUGGCACUACUCCAAAGAGAGGCUCCUCCAUUUUGUUGAUGUUUGUGUACCCUGUGAUUCUGCGCGAGAUUAGGAGUGUUGGUGAUGCCGUGCGGUCAUAACACUUGAAGUUACUACAUCGAUUAUGUUCUAUCCUCAGUCGUGGCUGGGUUCACGAAAAUAGAAUGCUCAUGCGGAUAGUUAUAGCUACGCUCCUGUUUGAUGAUCCAGGAGUGAACAACGCGCAGUCGUCACCACAGUGGCCGCAUUCUUGGUCGAUCAAUUACAACAAUUACUACAACUAUUGUAUGAUGUGACGGCCAAUGAGACACCUCAUCAAACCUUUCAACGAAGUCGCGAACUGAACUGUGGGAUACGAAAAUAACGUUCGUUUGUGGAGGAGGCGUGCGUGCUUGCUUUCAUCACGGCCACUUUCGCUAGCUCCAACAAUCAAAAUGCAAUGAAACUACCGUAGAAAGUGGUCCAUCGGAAAUGAAUCUUCAGGUUGCUGAAGACAGAAGCUAUCAGAGAGGAAGCAGGUGGUGAUGCGAUAACUGAUUGACGGCAUCGCAGAGACUGUCGAUAUCGUGGCAGCACAAGCUCGAGAUUAUCAUUUUGAACCUUCGCACGGUUGUGCAGGGAGCCCUUGCGAAACGCUUGAGGGCCCGAUCUGAUUUCGUUUGUUUAUUAUUAUUAUUACUUGUUUCGAACGCCACGCUCCGGUUAUGCUCAAGUCUGUUCUGAAUGGUGCGUGAGGAUAUACGUAUGACAGAUGGUAGCCAGGCGUUCACCUGAAAUCGUAACUCUUCGCGCUGUACAUAUGUACUUAUGAUUUACUGCCGUAUAGAUUGCAUUCUAUGCUUUCCACACACGUUUCAGUCGAGUGUUCACUUCUGCACGCACGUUAAUUCACUUCGUUUGCGUUCCUUAACAUCAAUAGUGUGUCCCUGCGGUCGCUGCUGCGAGUCAGCGCGGCGAGCGUUACGUUUAACGGUUACCCCUACACGCUUUCGUUUUCCGUACGCAUUGACCACGCCUACCAAAUUUCUUUCCCGUAGACUUAAUGUGCCCCGUGUCAUACCCUAUAUAAUAUCUUUGUCUUCAUCCCGUCGCCGUUUGCACACAGCUCUAACUGAGAAAUACACGAAGCGAGAACCAACGUCACACGGUGCGGAUGACACUUCGUCCAUAUGCCAAAUGUGCCGGACGGUACCCGCCGCGAGGGCGCGGUGUCUUUAACGUCAACGUUAGUAGCGGCCACUAUGGUUCUGCCGCAAAGGCGCGGCGCCUAACGUCAGCGUUAGUAGCAGCCAGCCGUAUGCAGCAGCGCGACAACUGAAGAGGCGGCGCUAAGGUUUAAUCUAUAUAGGGUAAUCGUCAGUUGCCAAACGUGUGUAGGCAGGUGUGAGGUGAUGCGUGGUAGGACAAUUCCUAUACUUGUAGAAAGGACAGCCGUUACAGGGUGAGACCCAACGUCUCGCGCGUGUUCUGCCAUACAUACUGUGCUGUAACGUUGCGGUGUGGUCGUGAAAAAACUUUGUUCAGUCUCGCUCGUCGACUUUGUACCCGUUAGAUGAAAACCCUCACGCUAAUGCGUCGCUUCAAUUAUCUCGUUUCCCGUUCCCCGCAAAAAGAGCUCUGGGACACUUUUGCAGCCAAAACAAGACCGUAAAAGUGUGGCCGAGACGUCCGGCAUUAGAAAUCGUUUCGCGAGAAAUAUCUUGUCCUUCUGAAGGACAUUUACAGUUCUGGCUUCCCUCAUCUGGCAACAUUGCAGGUUCACGCAAACAGGGUCGCGGAAGUCAGCAAUGCGCCUCGAUCGUCGCAUUAAGCGGGUAAAACAAAUUUCGGAACGAUGUUCGAAACAAGACGCAGUCAGCACAAUUGAAAUAGUCUUUGUACACGCAGGGUCAACGCAUUGCACCAGAACAUCCGGUGACACGGUCAGAGCAGCUGCGCAGAACUUUUUAGUUAGUAGCAAGAUAUUUCUUUAUCGUACAAAGGCUUCCUUUGUAUGCCAACAUAUUUUUUUCGUCGAGUGAAGUGUCUAGUUCGCGACAGCGCUCAUAUAAGUACGUACGCCGUGGGUCCUCCUAUUUAGACGAUAUUUCGACGUAGUUAAACGAGGUCACAACAAACAUUCUUGUUAUCUCCCGCCCCUAGCCGCAUGCAGUGUUGAAAAAAUAUUGUGCACCUUUUUCUUUCACACAGUUGUUUGUUGUAAAUAUUAGGUUUCAAGUUUUUUGAAUGCAUGUCUUAUGGUGUCCCUCCACUUGAGCGCAAUGAAUGCUUAGAUAACAUGCAACCUUUUUUCGGGAAUGUAAAAAUUAUUUAUAUUAAUUGUGGCCGCUGGCAACACUGCGGGACAACUUCGGCAUAACCUGAACAUUUGCGCAACGACACGGAAAACAAGAAUAAGCGCUUGUUAGGAACGACAACAUCGCCGUUUCCUAAGUGGAGUUUGCCAAUUUCAGUGUUAUGUGACUGGAUGUUAUGUGUAGCGUUAUUUUAACAUAUUCGCGGUCCACGUGACUGCGUUUCAUGUUAACUCCAGUGUUAUGGGAAUGAACCGUGUUUGUGAACUGUAGUGUUAUGUGACUGGACUGCAUUUUCUGUUGUUUUUCGUGCCGAUAUGUGAAUGGACUACGUGCUCACGUGAUUUUCUUUAUGACCCGACUGACUUGCGUGAACUGUGCUUGGGUGGGAGUUUAUGUGUAAUUUUUUACGGCUGUGAUUUUCACCAAUUGUAUUAUCUGUGAAAAGGAGUAACUGACGCUAUAUAAAAGCGGCAAAAUCUCCUAAACAAUAUAUAAUUUUUAAAAUAUACAUCGCCAUUUCAAUCAACACGUUAAUUUUCCUUUAUGGUCAAUCUCACAAGUUUGGAAUAAGUAUAGUUUUGUUCUUUUUGAAGUUUUAGAUGUUUAGUUAACCUUAACGCCACAGGUUAAAUAUUUCAUUCCUUCUACGUUUGCCUCUCUCCCUCAGCAGAUUUCCACAAAGGUAUUUACCAAUACUUUCUUUGCGGUACUGCAAACACACGAAAUCAACGCAAGAAUACAGGCAGAUGGCGAUGGAAGAUCGCGAACAUCGCUUAAACAUAACGAGAAAACAUAUUUUCGCAAGAAGUUUCAUCUAAUGAGGGUUGUUUAAGCAUUGGUGUGCUUACUAAAGCCAAGCCAUUUGGCUUGUUUUCCUGCGCUAUGUUGGCAAGUAAACCGCGGCUGUGGGCUACUUCAUUUUUCCUUUAAUCCAAUCAUUUGCGAAUACACCCUUUAGGUAUACCGCAUGUCCACAUUAAACUUCGAUUUACAUACUUACGAAUACCUAGAAGGCUACAGGGCCACAGAGACACUCAGCAAGGCAAUUUUCUGACGACAUGAAGAUGUUUAAUUACACUUUAUGGUUCAUGAUAACGUAACACAACUCUGCAUACAUUACAAACUAAACCACAGAUAAAUGACUGCGACGAAGUGUCCCGCAGUGCUGACGAGAAGCUACGAGCUUCGUGUACAGUGUAUAUUCCUUUUCACCUUCUUCGUGUGUGCAAGCAUACAUCGCAAUGGUGUUUCAUAUAUCGUCUUUGUGUGCGUGAUGUGAAAAAAACAAAUCGAACACUGCUGUUGUCACACUGUUUUUUGUCUUGUGGCUGAAUCAACGCGAGAGUCCUGAAUGAGCCCUUCUUCUUUUGUAAAACGGCAUUACAUACCUUGUCAUAUUUGUAAAUAACGGAAAAAUAAAGAAAAGACCGCCGUUUUGGUUGUCCUUCAAAUCACCAAA